GGCAUAGGGCUAAAUACUAAAUACUGAUAGGCUGGAUCAAGUCGCAAUGGCCUGUGGUACUUGCGUGAUCCAGGAGUGCCGAGCGGGAAAUGUGUAGAUAAGACACUAAAUCCGAGUCUUUGAUCGCGUUUUUCUUGUGCAUUGCCAGUUAUCAUCAUGGCCCCUCUGAUUUCAGACACCUCGCUCCCCUUGCGCUCUACGCCCAAUGAGGGACCCGACACUGAUCAGGGACAAUAUCCUGCGCCGUUACAACAGAGUGGUCCCCUGGAUAAGUUCUCAUUUGAAGAAACAACGCCAGCUAUUGGUCGUGAAUUCCACAAUGUCAACAUUGUCGAUGACCUCUUGAAUGCCCCGAAUGCAGAUGAGCUGGUGCGGGACCUUGCUAUCACAAUCUCUCAACGGGGUGUCGUCUUUUUCCGUGCCCAAGAUAACCUCACCGACGAGCUGCAGAAGAACUUGGUGCAGCGCCUAGGGCAGCUAGCUGGCAAGCCAGCUGACUCGACUCUGCAUAUCCACCCGGUGCUCAAUAACACCAGUGAAUUUGGUGUCAAUGACGCGCAGGUCAGCACUAUCAGCUCGCUUGCCCGCAAGAAGAUGUUCCGCCAUGAAAACCAGCCCAACAAGCGUCGCUAUGAUUCGGCCCAGUGGCACUCGGAUAUUCAAUUCGAGCCCUCCCCAGCUGACUACACUUCGCUUCGUUUGACACAGCUACCCAAGACUGGUGGUGACACUCUCUGGGCAUCGGGAUAUGAGCUCUAUGACCGAUUCUCACCGGCGUAUCAGAAGUUCUUUGAGGGUCUGACGGCAACUUAUACUGGCUCCGGAUUCCUCAAGGCUGCUGAGAUGGAUCCUGUUAAUGUCAAGGUCUACACUGAGCCAAGAGGUAGCCCACUGAACAUCGGCUCGGACUUGUCCACCGUUCAUCCCAUCGUACGAACAAACCCGGUCACCGGUUGGAAGAGCAUCUUCGCCGUUGGGCCAUUCCCCAAAUAUAUCAACGAGCUCAGCCAGAGUGAGUCGGAUGAGCUGCUGAAGAAAUUCUACAACACUAUCCUCGAGAACCAUGACCUCCAGGUGAGGUUGAAGUGGAGAAAUCCCAAUGACAUCGCCAUUUGGGAUAAUCGAUGUGCUUUCCACACUGCCACAUUUGACUACGAUGGUCUUGGGGACCGAUUCGGCCACCGGGCGGUUGGUAUUGGCGAGAAACCGUAUUUGGAUCCAAAGAGCACAUCCAAGGCCGAGGCACUGGCUGCUGGAGAUGUUUGAAUGGACGUUAUGUUGAGCGCUGAGGUGCUGUAGUUUUAUUGAGUGUCGAUUAGUUCUUUAUCGCUUCCAAGUUUUGGGGCACUAUGUAGACACCUGGGCACAGGGCACAGACGACUUACUAUUGCAGGAUGUAUACUCAUGCAAAUCCUCGGGAGCAGGACUGUAUAUAUUUUACUUAUUGUGAGGAAUAUCAG